UGUGCGAUGUGCCAGAUUUUAUUCUAAUGUUCAUUGUACAAUACUGAUAAGAAAUCAUGAUAUUUUGAUAAGAUAAAAACAAUUUAUAAUUAUUGUUAAUUAUUUUCCGUUCGUGCCUACUGCCGGAGCCCGCGAUUGUCCACUGUCRGGUUUUCGCCCAAUAACCAUCUCAAGACAAAUAAUAUAAAACUUACAAACAACAACAAUUUUUUAGGUUUCUCAUGAAAGAAAUUCUCAUAAAAAAAGUGAAGGCAUUUCACUGACGUUAGCAACGAAAACGCGCUGAGUGAAAUCAUUUAAAUUGUGCWCACGCCACACACUUGUGAGCUGUAUGUACUUUGUACAUUCAUUGUACGUCUUAACGUGAAAAACGUUUGAGCCUUGUGAAAUCACAUUAUGCAACAGCAAUCAUUUCAAUGGGCAUAACCAAGUAUCAAUGGACGAAAGGGUAAGCAUCCGUGAUAAUACGAAACCUUUAAGAAAAUAUGGUAGCAUAAGUAACAACACCAACUUUGUACGCAAUGAGCAUUACAUCAAACAUGUUGUCACGGAGACAGACACACUGCAAGGGCUUGCUCUUAAAUACAGCGUCACGACUGAGCAAAUACGGUAUGCCAAUCGACUGUUCACAAAUGAUAGUUUAUUYUUAAGGAAACAUCUUAACAUACCUACUUGCGAUAUUAAUGCCACUGAAACAAACAACUUCCAACAUGACAAAGGAUCAAAACCACCAAAUAUAUCACCGAUUGAAGAGCACAACAUUGAUGACUGUAAUAAUUUCUUAAAUAAAAUAGAUAACAAAAUCGCUAGUGCAAGAGCUCAAGUUAUAGAUAGUCAAGACAGAAGUUUGUAUUGUCCAGAAGAACAAGUAUUGUUUACACGCCAACGAUUAACGAGUCGUAGAAUACAGGGUCCUUCAAUAAGYACAGACGAAAUACCAAUAAUAGUGACCCAGAAUUUAAAGUUGAUGAAUUCACGGCAGCGGCUGGAACAAGAGGAAGAAGAAAUGUUUACUCUGUGAUAGAUAGUAAUAUAAUGUACUUAGCCAAUAAUGUUAAGUUCAACUAUAAUUGUUUCAUUGUAACUAUGUAUCUUAAAAUAAUUUUGAUUAAAAUGUUGACAAAUUAAUAUAAUCUACCUGAAUUGUAACUUGUUUUUAAAAAUCUAUUGUAAUUAACUUUCAAUCUAAGAAAGGUUGUGGUUAUGUUAUUUUUUUAUGUUUAAAUGUACAUUUAUUUAUUGCAUAUAUCUGAUAUGUAACAAAUUAUGUGUUUUUGGUUCCGUUUCAAUCUUGUAAUUUAAAAUAUUAUUUUUGAUCAAUAAAUUAUGUUUUCUGUUAAAUUUUGGUAUUUUAAAUAUAUUUAUUGGUAUUAUAUAUUUUUAACUAAUUUUAGAAUUUCAAAACUCUAGGUGACACACCUGUACUYUGUAGUCACUCUCAUUCAAAAUAUUCAGCAUCAUAUCACUAAUAUUUAUGWACAAUGUACUCUUAAUUCUCUAACUAAAUAUUUAAUUAACUUUUAUACUAAUAUUUAAUAAACAAAUUAAUGCCUU